AUGAAAUUGAUAGCCGCAAUUGCCGCCUUAGUGGGCUUCGCCUCUGCAGGGCAGCUGUACAGUCAGCAGCAAGUCGAGAACUACCAGAGUGCACAGGAAGCACUCCAUCCGGCGCCAGAGUACCAACAGGGGGCUUUUGCAGAGCCCGCCUACGCUGCACAGCAUACGGUGUACCAGGGAAGACCGCUAGCCGAGAAGACGGCGAGGAUUAUCAGCUACCACUCGGAAAACAACGUUCACAACUACAACUACGGCUACGAGACUGAAAAUGGUAUAAAGGCCCAAGAAGUCGGCCAAACACCAAAAGGGACCCAUGCAGAGGGCGGUUUCUCCUACGCGGGCGACGACGGCCACGUGUACACCGUAACUUACACCGCCGAUGAGAACGGUUUCAGAGCUUUCGGCGCCCACCUGCCGACCCCACCGCCAAUCCCGGAGGCCAUCCUGAGAUCCUUGGAGCAGAACGCCAAGGACGAGGCCAAUGGGAUUUUCGAUGACGGCCAGUACAGGGACCCGCACCAGGCGCAUGCCUAUCAGCAAUAUGAUACAGCUGCCUUGCAGCACGCUGCCUACCACGCUUCCCCGGCACAGGGUAGCCCAAUCGAAGCCGGCUACCAUAAG